AAACCCAACAACUUGUGACUACAUCAAAACCUAACAUACUUACUAAAAUGAGGGGAGAAGUACCAAACUCCCGAAGUUGAUUUUUUUCCUUGAGGAGCCAGAAGUGGGACGAAGAAACAGCACGUACUUUUCAUUUUAGUCUAACACUCAGCUCGAAUUCAGCAGCAAUGGCGCACUUACCGAUCCUUCAAUUCGAAGAGAAAAUCAUGGAGACGGUUGAGAAAAAUCCGGUUGUGGUGGUUAUUGGGGAGACCGGGUCAGGAAAGAGCACUCAGCUAUCGCAGAUGCUCCACAAAAGGGGAUACACCAAAACCGGAAUGGUCGCCGUUACUCAGCCUCGACGAGUCGCCGCUGUUACCGUCUCCAGACGGGUUGCAGAAGAGCUUGGUGUUCAGCUUGGUGAGGAAGUUGGCUAUGCCAUUCGAUUUGAAGAUAGGACCUCUGAGAAGACCAAUAUCAAAUUACAGAUACCUUACAGAUGGGGUUCUUUUACGUGAAAGUCUAUCAAAUCCAGAGCUAAAUCAGUAUUCAGUCAUUAUUCUGGAUGAAGCUCAUGAAAGAAGUUUGAACACGGAUAUACUGCUAGGCUUGAUGAAAAGAUUGAUUAAAUUGCGCAGCUCUAACUUGAAAGUAUUGAUUACAUCGGCUACUCUGGAUGGUGAGAAAGUAUCCAGAUUCUUCUUUGACUGUCCAGUGCUCAAUGUACCAGGGAAACUAUUUCCCGUUGAAAUACAACACAGCUCUGAGAAACCCAAAAAUUAUGUUGAGGCUUGUCUUAAAACAGCUAUUGAUAUACAUGUACAGGAACCAGAAGGUGAUGUCUUAAUAUUUAUGACUGGACAGGAUGACAUUGAGAAGUUGGUAUUGAAGUUGGAGGAAAAAAUUCAAGGUCUUGAAGAAGGCUCUUGUAUGGAUGCUAUAGUGCUUCCCCUACAUGGAUCCUUACCACCUGAAAUGCAGGUUCGUGUUUUCAACCGUCCACCUCCAAGCUGUCGGCGAUUUAUUGUAGCUACAAAUAUUGCUGAAACUUCUUUGACUGUUGAUGGUGUUGUUUAUGUUAUUGAUUCUGGGUAUGUGAAGCAACGACAGUACAACCCAUCAAGUGGCAUGUAUUCUCUAGAUGUUGUUCAAAUUAGCAAGGUGCAAGCCAACCAGCGUGCAGGACGAGCUGGAAGAACACGGCCUGGAAAGUGCUACCGCUUAUAUCCUUCUAUGAUUUACCACGACGAUUUUUUGGAUGCUACAGUCCCUGAAAUACAGAGGUCUUCUCUUGCGGGAGCUGUUUUGUAUUUGAAGUCAUUAGAUCUCCCUGAUAUGGAUAUUCUAAAUUUUGAUUUCCUUGACCCUCCAUCAUUUGAGUCUUUAGAAGAUGCCCUGAGGCAGUUAUAUCUGAUUGAUGCUAUUGAUGAAAAUGGUUCUAUUACUUCCCUUGGACGAACCAUGGCUGAGCUUCCGCUAGAGCCUUCUCUUUCCAGGACCUUAAUAGAGGCUAAUGAUUUGAAUUGCUUAUCUCAAGCAUUGACAGUUGUUGCUAUGCUAUCUGCUGAAACAACUUUGCUUCCUGGUCCUAGGAACAACACUGAGAAGAAGAAGAGGAAACACACUCCUUCAAACCUUCCUGAUGGAUCUGGCUGGGGUGAUCAUAUCCAACUACUUCAGAUAUAUGAGCUUUGGGAUCAAACAGAUUAUAGCAUAGACUGGUGUAAAGAAAACAACUUGCAGGUACGAGGAAUGAUGUUUGUGAAAAACGUAAGGCAACAGUUAACUCAAAUAAUGCAGAAAAUGGCCAAAGAGUCUUUGGAUGUCCAAACAAGCAGAAGACACAAAAAAAGCCAACAAGACUACAAAAAUUUGCGGAAAGCUUUGUGUACAGGCUACGCUAAUCAGCUUGCAGAGCGGAUGAUUCGUCAUAAUGGUUACCGAACUCUUGGUUUCAAGUCUCAGUUGGUUCAGGUCCAUCCAUCAUCAGUACUAAAAGCAGAUGAGGAUGGAAUGCUCCCAAAUUAUGUGGUAUAUCACGAGCUAAUAUCUACUACACGUCCGUUUAUGCGUAAUGUGUGUGCAGUUGAGAUGCAAUGGGUUGUGCCUGUCUUGGGUAGGCUUGAGAAACUAAAUAUAAAAAAACUGAGUGGUGGAUCUGACCAGCCUGAAGAGAGAAUCCAAGAAGUAAACUCGAAUUUGGAGAAGAAAGUUGCUGCUCAUGCUGAGCCUCCUGAAGAGCGUGAUAGCAGGAUUCAAGCUGCCAGGGCGCGUUUUCUAGCUCGCAAAGAUCAGAAAUAGUAGGGGUACGUUUUGUAUUCAUACAUAUAUCAGCCAAUUCAUGCCGUUGGACAGUAUAACGGUGUUUCUUUGCUAGAUUAUCCUGGACAAGCUGUUUAGAGCCCGCAGCUGGGAAGCCAAUGAGAGCCAUUGCUGGCCGGAGAUGAGAGUUGGUCAAGGUGAGAAAUUGAUGAAGCUGGAUUCAUGAUCAAUUAUAUUAUAUGAUGCUUAUAUUAUGCAUGCCUCAACUAAGGAAUCAGCAAUGGUGAAACAGUAGAAUUAUAAUUUCAUGAUUCUUCAUUCUACCCCAUGAAUCUAGACAUAAAACAGCUUCUCUGAAAGUGUUUGAAAUGGAGGACCUGUUUCAUUGAUGAAUUAAAUGGUGGAUGGAUUCAUUGGAUUGCUUGCUUUUAUGGCAAUGUAAGGACGUGUUUGAAA